AUGUUCUAUAAACACUCUUAUCAUUCAUCAAGAUUUACUACUUAGAUUGAGGAAUCAUAAAGUCAAGAAACUAUGGAUGUAAAAUAACAGAGACCUUUUAGAAGGUUUGUUUCUACUAGUUUGAGUUUAUACAAUCGGCCAUAUUUAUAUACAAGAAGUAUCCCAAAAUCUUUAAUCGAAGAAGGUAAUAAUUAAAUUAUAAGUAUUAUUAUAGGGUAUAGAUCUAAAAGCAUACUUUAUCAUAUGUGUUUAUUAUAGAAUGAUAUAAAAUUAAAGAAUAGAUAAAAUAGAAGGGAUAGAGAAAAAACAACUAUAUUCACAGACAACAUGGAAUUAUAUCAUCAUAAAAUCAUUAAAAGGAUUAAAGAAAUUUGUAGAAGGAGAAGUUGUAAUUGUGGUGGAUGUGGUAUAAAAACAAAUUUCGAAAAGAAACAUGAUGAUUUUGAAGUUCGUACUUAGUAAGCAAUUACAACAGAUUUAAAAUUAUUAUCAUUUACAAGAGGAGGAUAAAAGAAAAAGCAAACAAUAAUUAAGGAGUUCAAAAUAAAAUAAAUUAAUGAAAAAAAAAUUAAGAAUUAAUUCUCAUCAAUGAAUUCAUAAUUAUAGAUCAAUAUUCCUUUAACUUAAAGAGAAAAUGUUUAAAUAGAUAAGUAAGAAACAUAAAGAUCUUUAUUGAAAACAACAAAAGAGCUGAUACAAUCAUUACCUUCAAUAAAAAACAUUGUACCUUUAACAAUAUUAAAAUAAAUCUAUAUAGCAGGUAGAUAGUAAAAAUAAUGUGCAAUUCGGAAACCAUCUCAUGAUUCUCUAAUAAUGAGAGCUUACAAACUGAAAUGA